GCUGCUCGGCUCGCUCUCGGCUCUUCAUGCUGUGCUCUGCUCCUCGGCUGUCCUGCGAGGCUCCGGCCUGGUGUCCGAGCGGCCCCAGUCACUGAGAACCGAUAGAGAAAUGUGUCACCCGUGUACGGAGGAGGCGAGACACACCAGUGUUAAAACCACAGAUAAACCAUCAUGAUUCCCAUCACAGAACUUCGGUACUUUGCUGACACCCAGCCAACAUACCGCAUCCUGAAGCCAUGGUGGGACGUUUUCACCGACUACAUCUCAAUCAUCAUGCUGAUGAUUGCGGUGUUCGGCGGGACGCUUCAGGUCACGCAGGACAAGAUGAUCUGCCUGCCUUGCAAGUGGAUCCUCAACGACACUUGCGAUGCUAUGCCAAAUGCGACAGGCGCCUAUGCUCCAGUGCCAAAAGGCAUUCAGUACGACCUGGAUCGACACCAGUACAACUAUGUCGACGCCGUCUGCUAUGAGAACAGGCUGCAUUGGUUUGCUAAAUAUUUCCCUUAUCUGGUGCUGCUCCACACUCUCAUCUUCCUGGCCUGCAGCAACUUCUGGUUCAAAUUCCCACGCACGAGCUCCAAACUGGAACAUUUUGUCUCCAUCCUCCUCAAGUGCUUCGAUUCACCGUGGACAACAAGGGCUUUGUCUGAAACCGUGGUGGAGGAGAGCGACCCCAAACCGGUGGGGAAAACGAACGGCUCCAUGGAUAAGAAGGCGUCGAGCGUGAGCGAGGAUGUCGAGGCCAGCAUUCCCAUGCUCCAGCGGACAAAGUCCAGGAUCGAGCAGGGGAUCGUGGAUCGCUCUGAAACUGGGGUUUUGGACAAAAAGGAAGGGGAGCAGGCCAAGGCGCUUUUUGAGAAAGUGAAGAAGUUCAGGAUUCACGUUGAGGAAGGCGACAUAGUCUACCGCCUUUACAUUCGUCAGACCAUCAUCAAAGUAAUCAAGUUCAUAUUGAUAAUUAGCUACACAGGCUAUUAUGUAAGCUGCAUCAAGUUCAGUGUGGUGUGCUCAGUGAACAUGGAGAAACUGACAGGGUACCGUCUGUUUCAUUGUGCACAUCCAUUGGCGACUCUUUUCAAGAUCUUGGCCUGUUUUUACAUCAGCCUGGUCAUAGUUUACGGUCUCAUCUGCAUGUACACGCUCUGUUGGAUGGUGAGGCGCUCCCUCAAACGCUACUCCUUUGAGUCAAUCCGCGAGGAGAGCAGUUACAGUGACAUCCCUGACCUUAAGAACGACUUUGCCUUUAUGCUACACAUGAUAGAUCAGUAUGACCCUCUGUACUCCAAGCGCUUUGCCGUGUUCCUGUCAGAGGUCAGCGAGAACAAGCUGAGGCAGCUGAACCUCAACAACGAGUGGACGUUAGAGAAGCUGAGGCAGCGAAUCACCAAGAACUCCCAGGAGAAACUGGAGCUUCAUCUCUUCAUGCUCAGCGGUAUCCCCGACACAGUGUUUGAUCUGGUGGAGCUGGAGGUCCUGAAGCUGGAGCUGAUCCCGGACGUGACGAUACCCCCCAUCAUCGCCCAGCUCACCAACCUGAGGGAGAUGUGGCUUUACCACACUCCAGCUAAAAUCGAAGCUCCAGCUCUGGCUUUCUUAAGGGAGAAUCUCAAGUCUCUCCACAUCAAGUUCACAGAUAUUAAGGAGAUCCCAUUGUGGAUCUACAGCCUGAAGAACCUCAGCGAGCUGCACCUGACCGGAAACCUGAGCGCUGAGAACAAUCGCUUCAUCGUGAUUGACGGGCUCCGGGAGCUCAAGAGCCUGAAAGUGCUGCGUCUGAAAAGCAACCUGACCAAGCUUCCUCAGGUGGUGACCGACGUGGGCGUGCACCUUCAGAAGCUGUCCAUUAACAACGAGGGCACCAAGCUGAUGGUGCUCAACAGCCUCAAGAAGAUGGUCAACCUGACAGAGCUCGAGCUCAUUCGCUGUGAUCUCGAGCGCAUCCCGCACUCCAUCUUCAGCUUGCACAACUUGCAGGAGAUCGACCUGAAGGACAACAACCUAAAGACGAUAGAGGAGAUCAUCAGCUUUCAGCACCUGUACCGCCUCGUGUGCCUGAAGCUCUGGUACAACCAGAUCGCCUACAUCCCCAUCCAGAUCGGAACGCUCACCAACCUGGAGAGGCUCUACCUGAACAGGAACAAGAUCGAGAAGAUUCCCAGCCAGCUCUUCUUCUGUCGCAAGCUGCGCUUCCUGGAUCUGAGCCACAACAAUCUGACGAGCAUCCACCCAGACAUCGGCUUCCUCCAAAACCUGCAGUAUUUCGCUGUGACAGCAAACAGGAUUGAGACUUUGCCCCCAGAGCUGUUUCAGUGCAAGAAACUCCGCACUCUGAAUCUGGGGAACAACUGCUUGCAGACGCUGCCGUCGCGCUUCGGGGAACUCACCGGGCUGACCCAGCUGGAGCUGAGGGGCAAUCGUCUUGAGUGCCUCCCUGUGGAGCUCGGCGAGUGCCGGCUGCUGAAGAAGAGCGGCCUGGUGGUGGAGGAAGACCUGUUCAACACGCUGCCGACGGAAGUCAAGGAGCAUCUGUGGAGGGCCGAUAAGGAGCAAGUUUGAGCCAAAACUUAAAUACUGGUGAGAAAUUUAAAGAGGCUUGUUGAAGCCAGGACAACCUUAAAUAGAGACGCAGCUGCAUUGGCCAUGAAGGCAAAAGCAAACUGACAGCUUGUCUGUUUAGGGAGCAGACAGGAUCAUACAACUAAGAAAGUGAAACAUCCACACAUACGAUUAAUUAGUAAGCUUUUCUUGAUUGUGAGUUGCCGAGAAUCUGGAAGCUGCUGUUAAAUAUGCAUGCCACAGUGGGAUCAUUCUGAAGCAAAACUUGUUCAUCGGACAACCUUGCACGACUCAGCUCUGCCAACGAGCUAACUGUGCUCUUUUUUUUAUUUUUACUGAGCACAUGGUACUUGCACAAAUGAAUCAUGUUUAAUGCUGAAUUCGCCCAUCCCUCCUCUGGACUUCAUAUCUUGGAGGAACCUUUGUUUUUUCAGUUGUCGCACAACGUGGCUCACUGUAUCUGAAGAUGUUGUCAAGCCAAUUGUUUCUCGACUUAAACCUAAUCUAGUCACGCAUGAACUUAUUUUCUUUUUCAUCCGUCUCUUUAAUCUCAUUAUGCUUUGAUGCAUCUUCUUAUGGGCACAAAAUGACUGACCACGAAUGAAUCAUCACACAGGUAAUCUCGCAGCUUCGGCCUUAAUUCUGAGAAAGCCGCUGGAAAUGAUUGCAAAAAAAUUAAAAAGAAACUCUACAUCUAAAAACAGCCUGCAGUUAUAAAUUAUCUCAUCAGCUCGUGUGGCAAGCUGUAACUUGCACCAGAAGAAGUGGAAGUGGCUUCCGCAUUUGCCUUCUACUCUUUUCAUCCACCAAGUAUUAUUUUUGCUUAGAUGUGCAACAAGGAAUCAAACAAUAUAAACAUUUUGUUAACGCUUGAAUUCAUUUGAAGGCAAAGUAUUAUGACUGAAGAUAGAACCAGAGGUGGGUUCAGAAAUACAGUUUCAGCAAAUAAAAGAACCACCCACUGAACACUUCCUGCGAACUUCUGGAACAUGUACACUUAGUCAGAUAAUUGAAGUGACCUUUGUUCAUUUCAGAACAUAUUUUACUUUAAACAGUGAAAUGUAACUCUAAUGUACACUAAGUCACAUUAUGGCACCAACUAUUCAGCUCCAUUUGUUUGCAGAUUAACGUAUUCAAUGUCAUGAAAACUUACUUACCCCCUUACAGAAUUCUUUAGUUUUUGUAAGAUUAUCAAAGAAAGUUUUAUAUAAGACAAAUAUCAACCAAGGAAAGGCAAAAAGCUGCUUUCAAACAGGGAUUUAAUGAUUGAUUAAGAAAAAAGUUAUUAAAAACUAACAUGGACCUGUAAUUAAUUGUGACUGAGCAUAUAUUGGAUGACUUUCACUUGUCCCAAAUUAAGUAGAACCUGUUUGACAACAUGAAGUAGGUUAGAAGACCUCAAAAGUCUGCACAAUACCCUAUUUGAAAAAAAUUCAAGAUUAAGAAAUAAAAUCCUUGAUAUUUAUGUGAAAAGGAUCACAAUUCUUUUUAAGGAUUUAGAACUCUAUGAAACCCUAACUUUAGAUAUUAUCCACAUGCAGAUAUAUUUGACGAUCAGAAACCUUUAAAUAUGUUGAAAACACAUAAACUGGAGAAAUCUCUAAGGGGGAAGAAAAACCAAUAUAUGUCAAUCAUGCAAAUCAAAAGCACCAUGGAAACUACUCGCCAUAUUGAUUCACACCACAGCUCAGUCAGGAGAUCUUGGAGAUCUUGGAAAGUUAAUUUUAGAAGCAUGUUGGACGUGAAUCCGUCCAAAGGAGAGAGGAAUUGUCUGCAGACUUUCGCUGUAUAGUCAUGCUUCAUGGAAAGAAGUAGACAUUUGUUACUAGCGUGUUUAUUCAUUCACGACGCCGCCGAGGACAAACAGGAAAUUGCAAAAUGAAGGGAACUAGUUUCGACCGGAUUCCACAAGGGAAGCAGGUUUUUUGUCGACUGAGAUCGGAGAGUGAGCUAUAUCCACCUUCAAUGCUCCAAAUUAGUGCAGCAUGCCUUGUCUGCUUGAAACACUUUUCUUGUUUAGACCUGGGAUUUAAUAGCAUCAUGUGGAGAAAAUGUCUUACGUCUACUCCUGCCAAAUGUCUCUUAUUGCUAAUGUAGCCUUAGUUUUUUACUGGCUAUAUCCUGUUAAUGAUCACAAACAUCGUCAGGGCUUUUUCUGUUGUGUUGUAAAAUGUAUAGCUCAAAUAUUUAAUGCUUUUUUUUAGAAUUUUUUACAGCUGUUUUUCUUUUGAUUUGAGCUUUUUAAAGGUACAGUAGGAGACAGGAAUGGGCUGGUAGAAGACUUUCCCAGUGUGUAACCUUAUGCAAAACAAAUAACAUAAUUUCUUUAAUUUAUAACAGAAAAGUAACGCUUUCUGCUAUUGGUACAACAUUAUAAAGACAAAGAUAUGGCAAAGCUAUGCGAUUGUUAUUUAUGAUAUACAAUUAUUUUAUAGGCUAAAGCAAAAAACAUAGAAUACCCACAAAAAAAAAAUAGUUUAGAAAAGUAGUUAGCUCUGUGUUUGUUGCCAUCUUUCAGUCAGCUGAUUGGCAGUGCCCAGCAGCAUGUGAACGAUAGAAGCAAAGAUCAAACUAUAAAGUAAAAUUUCUUGAAACCAAAGGAAUAACUUGACUGAAGAUUACGGCCGCUUUGAAGUUGUAACUUUUUAAAGCCUUUGUAUAGUCAUAGAUGCUUGGAGAUUCCUCAGCAAUAUCUGCAUAAUUUCUGCAGAUACUUCAUUAUUGUGAUUUUUUUCAAAAUAGGGAGCAAGUACUCAACAACCUGUAUUGAUCUGAUAAGUUGAACUGGAUUGAUUUUACUAAUUUAUGUAUUUUAUGUUCUUGUUGCUUGUGACAGUGACACACCACUGGAUUAUUUUGUUUCUAACUGAAACAGAGAAGCAAUGCAAGCAGUAUGGCCAUUUUUAAGAAAACAUACACAGUAACAGUUAUUAACCAAUACAGCAACAUUAAUUUUGAAUCUGUGCAUCCCAGUUUUGAAGAUUCACUUUUAUGCACUGCAUCUGAGAAAUUAGACAUGGUCUAAUAAACCAUUAUCAAACAAUAAAUGACUGAAAAAGUGAGCAGUGAAAAUCCAAUACCUAAGCACAACAGCUUGUGCUGACAACAACUCUCUUCAGUGUGGAAGUUGCUACAGAAAGGAGAAAAUGUAGUUAGCUAUUUUUAAUAUUAGUACCAUGAUUAAAAAAAAUACAUCUAGGAAGGUUUGGAAAUCUUAAUCAUUUUAAGAAUCCAUUUCUUUUACAAAUAAACAGACCUUACUGUUUACAGUGUGUUUGAUUUAAGCUGCUUAAAACAACUUCAAAUGCCCACUCCAUAAAUAUGUAUCCUUUGUUUUGAAACCACAGCCAAAUGCUCUACUGAAAUUUAUCCUAAAGGAAGGGAGGAAAAAGUGCACAUUUUAAAUGUAGUUGUUUAAAGAGACGUCAGAGUUGGAUGAAAUUGGUAUUAACAGAUGAACGAUUUAGAAAAUCAACGAUUGGAAGCUGACCACAAAAUUGUGCUUCGGUCAUCUCUACAAAAGAACUAUUUUAUUUUAUGCUUGUCAAUACAAACAUGUAAAUAAGUAAACUAGGCAUGUAAAUACAUUAAUAAACUUUGACAAGCUGAAAAAAAACAACAACACAGACAGCAGUUGCAUAUAAUCAAAUUAUUUUUUGGUUUUUUUUCUUAAUAAUGAGGUAGGGUUUUGCAAAUGUUAAACAGAUCUUGAAGAACUUUAAGAUAAAAUAGAACACAGUAAAAUAAAAUUGAAAUAUCUUUUAUUGUCCCACAGUGGGGAAAUUUAAUAUUUGACAUUCUUACGUUCUGAUUUCUUUGGAGAUUUAGAGAAGGUUUUCCUGUAAACAUUUAGCUGAAUGUUUCUUCUCGGUGAAAUCUGAUUCAUCGAGGCCUUGGCUAGAUGCUGCUGAUCGCAGGUGAAAUGCUUGCAUAAUGGAGUGGGUGAAAUCUAUUUCAUAUAUAUCUAUGAAACUUUUGAGUGUUAUGUGUGAGGUGUUAGGAGACACAAGAGAAAGAUUCAAAUUGUGUUUGUCUUAGUGACAAAUCCAUCCUAAUGAGUGUGCUAUAGACAGACUAUUAAAUAAUUUUUAAUGCAGUGCCUUAUAAAACAGAUUGCUUUACAUUUCAUCAUGUUUCAUCCUCAAAUUUCAAUGUGUUUCUUUCAGAUUUUAUGAGAUUCAGAAACAACAAAGUAUCUGAAAGUAGAGAAUGACUGCGAACUGGAAGGAAAAGGAUGGUUUUUAGGUUUUUACUCAACAGAUCUGAAAAGUGUGGGGUGCAUUUAUAUUUUCUCUGAUGUACUUUGGUUCCGGACUAUGAUUAGCCUAUUCUAACUUAUGAUUGUUUUUUUUUGUUGUUGUUUUUUGUCUUAUGUAAACUGUUCCACUACAGAUCUGGCUACCUGUGUAAGAUGAUCUGCUCAGUUAAAUUAGUCUUGGAUGCUGGAAGCUGGAAUAACGUGACACCCAAGUCGAGGGUGAUGUAAAGUGUUCGUUCUCUGCCACAUAUUGUGUUUUUGCAUGUGAGCCAGAAAGUUCAAUUCUGGUCCAAUGAGACCAGAGCACCAUCAUUUGCAUGGUUGCUGCUGUGCCCCUUUCAUCGAUUGCUCUGUGCUUGCCAAGCCAGUUUCGUGACGUGGACAAAUCAUAACGACAAACACGGAGGUUUCUGACUGAAGAUUGUUUGGAAAAAGUUGCGUGUUGCGGUGUCAAGACUGAAGCCCUUCAAGCAGAUGAAGAAGCAUUUUUUCCCCUAUAGCACAAAGAGCUACAGUUGUGCUGUAAGUGACUGUGUACAGGGAGAGGAUGUAGGAGUGACAUAAACGCUGGUCUAUGUCACUCCAGAGUAAAUUUGAUAUUGUAAGCGAUCAUUAAGGUGGUGCAGUGCAGCCUUCCCUUCUGCAGCCUCCUGCAGAGUGUCAAAUUAAAACGCAGUCGCAGCUUUUGUUGUAUAGCUUGUCAUUUCUUUAGUACUUUUUAACGUCACCCGACAAUAUCUAAUCUGCAUUUCGUCCUCCGUUAAAAAAAAUACUGUUCAGUGCUAAGGUAGUCACAGAAAGCUUUCCCAGGUUAUCCCUUCCGGUUGAUUCAGAUUUCCUCAACUAGACCUUUCUCUGUAUUGCAUGCCUUUGUUUCUCUGACCUCCAGAGCUUUGCACAGACGUCAUUUCAUCUCUGAGUCAUGCUUUUUAUGGCAGCGAGCUCCCGUUCCCCUCAUGUCAGCGUUUGCGAAUCAGGUGAAGGUCUGAGUUAAGGUCAGUCAGAUGCUUGUGGAAAACUAAAAAACAGAAACAAGGGAAGUGAAGUCAAGCACUUCUGUUUAACUCGCAUGGGCGGCCCAUUUCUUUUUAAGAGUUAUUUAAGCCAUUUAAAAGCUUUGCCGUCAAUCUGUGCAAAUGUGCUAAAAGUUUUUAAUUUAACGUCUGCCUUUUUCAAAGUGCAAACAUUAUCUGAAAAGGUGCCCUGUGUAUAUGUUCUGUCUGCCUUAAGUGAUUUUGUUUGAGCGAAAGAGCAUGGUGAAUGAGUGAGCGUUUACUUGGUUAAGUUUCACAGGUUCAGCUCCACAUCAACGGUUAGAGCAAACCGUCUCCAGGUUUGUUGUUUGUUGUUUGUUUUUAUUUUUUCGUGCAUGGAUAUGCUGACACGGCUGAACAGAACCAGAAUCAGCUCACGACAAUCUUAACUGGAAGCGAAGGCGACCUCUGCCUUCUGCGUUGACAUCUCUUAAUUCCUAAAAUAUGUGUGUUUUUACAUUUUGAGGUGGUCACAUUUUCAUUUUAAUUCUUCAUAAUUCCAGUAUUAACUUAUUUUUGAAGAAAAAAGUAUUUUCUGUUUUUUUUUUAAGUGCUGAACUGCCAUGAUUUCAUUUAAUCUCUGGCUGUCUGUGUACCUUUUAAAUACAUGAUUGUAUUUGCUAUCUACAGUGAGUUUAUUUCUGUAUUCUGAUGCCUGUAGAUCAGGGAAUUACAAAUAAUAAAAAAUAAAAAAACCCAAAAAAAGAAAACAACUGUUACUUUUUAUUUUUCUUCAUGUGACUUCUUAAUAAAGCAUGGGUUCGUUCAAGCUAAACUGAUGUGCAGUAUAGCCAUACUAAAAAUGACAUAAUUAACCCUUCGAAAACCGUCUCUUUGAAUAUAAACUGCAAGCUCAAUGGACACAUUUUUGUCUGGAUCAUACGUGACAAUGCCUUUAUGAUGACAGUUUUUGCCAAGUGAAUGAAACACUGGCUUUUUAAAGUGUCUGUAACGGCGAAUGUUCAGAUCCUACUUUUGUACACAUGAUAAUAAAAUGAACAGUUAACACUA